UGUUUCUGACAUUAAUAUAUUUAACUCCCGUCUCUAAAAUAAAAUAAUGCAAUCAUAUUUUAAAGUAUUCAAAAUUAGAUAUGUAUGUCAUCAUAUGACAGAGCAAUAUUUGUAACAAUGAGGAUGGAUGGUGAACCAGACGCGUCUUCUGAUACAGCAACCAAUUGUAAUUUGCCCUCUGCUUCUGAAACGUUAUCGGAUGUCAAUCAAGCCAAACUAGAUUCAUUAGAGAAGAAAGCUGUUCAUUUAAGAUUGGUUUUGGAAAAAGAUUUUAAGGCCGCUGAUAUAAAAUGGAGUUUGUUUGUAGCAGCUGCUUUCAGUUUUCGCUAUGAAAGCUGCCUCAAACCAUUCCCGCCAUCCUUUAUUAAAAAUGGCGUUAAAGAUAUGGAUACUUUGCUCAGUAUUAUUACUGAUGUACCAGCAUUAGACCUAGUCUUACAACAUUUAGACAACCUUGAAACUUUGGGUAAUAUUACUGAUAUAAUAGAUUUGUUAUUCUAUGUAUUGGUGAGAUUAAAAGAGCCCAGUUUGAAAAGUAUUCCUACAGAAGCGUACGAUAGUAUUAUAACAAAUGCACGCGGUGAUGUAUCUGCCUCGCGACCUCAGUACAUCUUUCAAGUAAACAGCUCGUGCAAGUCCACCAUAGAAAAUAAAUGGAAAGCAUGUGCAAAAAAUCAUGACACAUUUUUUGCGUUCCAUGGCAAUCGUUUAGAAAAUUUUUACACUAUAUUGAAUUUUGGAUUGCAGCAACAUUUGAAUAAGAAUACGUUGCUGGGUAAAGGAGUUUAUUUAUCACCGGAAUUAAAUACGUCGCUACCCUUUAGCCACGGAGGCUUUGGAUGGGGUGCAAGUUGCAUUGGUGGCCACUUGUCAUGUAUAGCAAUGUGCGAAGUAAUUGACGCUCCUGAAGGAAUCAAUUACCAAAAACCCGUAUCAAAAGAAGGUGACGGCAUAUACGAGGACCAAAAAAACAAACUAUUAGAUGAAGGGGUUAAUGGAGCAAGUACUACGCAAUAUAUUGUUACGAAUUGUGAUUUAGUAAGGGUUCGUUAUCUGCUAAUAUAUGCCAAACCACCUGCAUCUAUGAGAUUCCCUACCACAAGUUCAAAUCGAAAUGCCGGCAGUCUCAGGCAAUGGUUGUCAAGACACAAGUUAUUUUCAAUAUUACUUGGAUAUGGUUUAAUGCUGGCGACUAUUGGUUUUGCAAAUAAUCAACCCGUUCAUUACUAUUAUAAAAUAUUGCUGAAGAAAUUAGAUUUUGCAUACAGUAACGUCAAAGUGUAAUGUAGUUUUUGUAACCGAUUAUGUUAAAAACAUUCUAUACAAUUUAUCUGAAAUUUUAUGUUUUGUAAAAGUAAAUUUAAUUGGUUUAAAUAUAUGUUAUGAAAUUUUCAAAUUUUUAUGACUGAAGUAAUUACAUCAUGUUUUUAAUCAAAAAUAUUUGUCAUGUGGAAUCCGUUGAUUUUAGAACAAUAGUCCCCAUGGUUACGGUGCUCUCGUCAUGGACUAGAGCGUAAUCAUUGUACGAUCUAAUUUUUAUUGUGUCGAAUGUUCAUCGAAAUAUAAUGGAAAAGCACCAGUUUCAACUCAUAAUAGUUCUGCGUACUAGUGUCGUGUGUUGUGAAUUUUCUCUUAGUGAACGAAAAUCUAUACGAUUUAAGAAACUCCUAUGUAUUUAAAAUAAUUUAGAACAUGGGUUUUAUAAUAAUUACACAUGAAACUAG